GUUCGUCCCUCCACCUAUGAACUUUGAACUACAGUCCACCACUCUGGAGAUCGACUUUCACUCCAAGGGCCGAGCCAGAGCGGAGCAGCUAGACGCAGCAGAGUUAUCAAAGGACGUGCUGAAGCGGUUUGCAGGGCAGGUGCUGACGGUGGGGCAGAAGAUCUCCUUUGAGUUCCACGGCACCAACUUCGCCCUCACCGUCAUUCUCGUGGAGUUCCCAUCUCCUGAAGGGCAGGAGGGCGCGCGGGCGUUUGCGUCGACAAGAGGGCUGCUGGUGAAGCAGACGGGGAUUAUAUACGAAGCUGCUGCUGGCUCAGGCAUCAAGGUCGUGAAUCAGAAAACAGGGGGCGGCAAGGCAGCGGCGCUAUUCAAGCAGAAGGACUUCAACUUUGAGAAGCUCGGCAUUGGAGGCCUUGACGCCCAGUUUGCUGACAUCUUUCGCCGAGCCUUCGCUUCCCGCGUCUUCCCACCGCACAUCAUCUCACGCCUGGGAAUCACACACGUGAAGGGCAUGCUGCUGCACGGGCCUCCCGGCACGGGCAAGACACUGAUUGCUCGGCAGAUAGGCAAGCUGCUCAACGGCAUGGAGCCCAAGGUGGUGAACGGCCCUGAGAUUUUGGACAAGUACGUGGGAGCAGCAGAGAAGAACAUUCGAGACCUGUUUGCGGAUGCUGAGAAGGACCAGAAGGAGCAUGGCGAUGAGAGCGACUUGCACAUUAUCAUCUUUGAUGAGAUUGAUGCCAUUUGUAAGAGUCGAGGGUCUGUCCGCGAUGGCACAGGUGUGCACGACAGCAUAGUCAACCAGCUUCUCACAAAGAUCGAUGGCGUCGAGUCGCUGAACAACAUUCUUCUAAUUGGAAUGACCAAUCGGAAAGACAUGCUCGACGAGGCCCUGCUCAGACCCGGUCGACUGGAGGUGCAGAUCGAAAUAGGGUUACCAGACGAGGAGGGGCGAGCGAAGAUCCUAGCCAUCCAUUCCAACAAGAUGCGCGAAAACUCCUUCAUGGGUGCUGACGUGGACCUCCUCAGCCUGGCUGCUCGCACCAAGAACUUCAGUGGGGCAGAGCUAGAAGGUCUAGUAAAGAGCGCCGUGUCCUUCGCCCUGUCAAGGCAGACGGACCCUUCAAACCUGACCAAAGCGAUAGACGAGGACAACAUUCGGGUGACGAUGGUGGACUUCGAAGAGGCGCUCAAGGAGGUGCGGCCGGCGUACGGCGCCAACACAGAGCAGCUCAACAUGUACCGUCUGAACGGAAUGCUGCAAUCACUCACAGCCCACCACCACAUUCUUUCAACGGCCAAGCGCCAGGUGCUGCAAGUGCGGAGCAGCGAGAGAACGCCCCUGCUGACAUGCCUGCUGGAGGGGUCACCAGGGAGCGGGAAGACCGCUCUUGCUGCAACCAUCGCCAUGGAAAGCGGUUUCCCUUUUGUGAAGAUGAUCUCAGCUGAAACGAUGGUGGGCAUGUCAGAGCCGUCCAAAUGUUCAGCUAUAGCCAAGGUGUUUGACGAUGCAUACAAGUCCGCAUUCAGCAUCGUCAUCCUUGAUGACAUAGAGCGUGUCUUUGAGUAUGUCAGCAUCGGCCCGCGCUUCUCCAACCUCGUGCUGCAGUCGCUGCUCGUGCUCGUCAAGAAGCUUCCCCCUGAGGGUCACAAGCUGUACGUGAUCGCAACCACCAGUCUCCCCGAGGCUCUUCAGGAGGCCAUGCACCUUUCCUCCUCCUUCAACACUGUCCUCACCGUGCCCACACUGUCUCGCACCGAGACCAAGGCGGCUCUGAGGGAGCUGGACGUGUUUGAAGCAGAUGACAUUGACACUGCUGUGGAUGCCCUUCACUCCACAGUUGAAGAGAUGGCAAUCAAGAAGCUCCUCAUGUUCAUAGAGAUGGCCUCUCAAGGCCCCACUGCUCCCGGCCAGCCCAGACCCAAGAUCGACAUCAAUUUCCUGUGCGAGUGCCUCCAGGACCUAUCAUAG